UAAUUAGUACGUAAUUAAAAUUCCUGCCUUUGUGCCUGGCUUUUUGCGUGAAAUAACUAAACGAGUUGGCGCGUUAGUCACUUCCUUUCUGACAGUUCCAAUUUUAAAAACGGUUAAAAAUGAGCGAAACGCAAGAACAGAAGCGCUGGGGGCACCUGCGCAAGGUGCUGGAGCGUCCGGGCCCCUUUUGCCACCCGGAGUUCGAGCCGUCACCCGAAAUCAUGGAUUUUAUCGUAACCUCCUGCAAGGUGCUUGUCGUGGGGGCCGGGGGCCUGGGCUGCGAACUGUUGAAGGACUUGGCUUUGAUGGGGUUCAAGCAGAUCCACGUCAUCGACAUGGACACGAUCGACUUGUCGAAUUUGAACCGCCAGUUUCUGUUCAGACAGAAGGACAUUGGGCAGUCCAAGGCCAAAGUGGCGGCGGCUUUCAUCAACAAGCGCGUGCCUGGGUGCCAGGUGACGCCCCAUUUUUGCAAAAUACAAGACUACGAUGAGAGUUUUUAUCGGAGUUUUCACAUUAUGGUGUGCGGGUUGGACUCGAUCGUGGCCAGGAGGUGGAUUAAUGGCAUGAUUUUGUCGCUCUUGAGCUACGAGGAUGGGGUGCUGGAUAAUUCGACCAUUAUUCCAUUGGUGGAUGGAGGUACUGAGGGUUUUAAGGGCAACGCCCGCGUCAUAGUCCCUGGCAACAACGCCUGUGUUGAGUGCACCCUUGACUUGUACCCCCCUCAGAUCACCUACCCUUUGUGCACAAUCGCCAACACACCCCGCCUGCCUGAACACUGCAUUGAAUACGUAAAGGUGGUUUUGUGGCCCAAGGAGAACCCCUUUAAUGCGCCCCUGGACGGAGACGACUCCCAGCACAUUGGCUGGGUUUACGAAAAGUCCCUGGAAAGGGCGUCCCAGUUCAAUAUCCCUGGAGUGACUUACCGCCUUGUUCAAGGCGUCGUAAAGCACAUUAUUCCAGCAGUGGCGUCAACUAACGCCGUUAUUGCCGGAGUUUGCGCCACAGAAGUGUUUAAAAUCGCAACGAGUUGUUGUCUACCGUUGAAUAAUUACAUGGUUUUCAAUGACGUGGACGGGAUUUACACUUACACUUACGCAGCGGAACGGAGGGACAAUUGUGUGGUUUGCUCCCAAGUGCCGCAAACUCUACCGAUUGAGGAUCCGAGUAAAGUCAAGCUGAAGGAUUUGAUUAAAAUCCUGUGUGAGGAUGAGAUGUUUCAAAUGAAAAAUCCAGGUUUAACCACGGUUAUUGAUGGGAAAAAUAAGACUUUGUACAUUUCCACGAUUAAGAGUAUAGAGGAGAGGACCAGGGAUAAUUUAAAUAAGACUUUAGUUGAGUUGGGGCUUAAGGAUGGCAUGGAUAUCAUGGUCGCAGAUGCUACGUCUCCCAUGACGUUGGUUUUCACACUUAAGUUUGCAACGAGCGAUGUUGAGAUGAAGUAAUUGUGUUAUUUAUUUUUAAUAAAGAAAAUUACAAACUG